AUGAAUUUCUCUAGAAUUAAUUCAAUUUUGAUCAUUUAUCCCUUCAUAGCUUUAACUUUUUUUGCUCAUUUCUCCACAUCCCAAAACUCUCCUCAAGAUUUUCUUGAUGCCCACAACAAGGCUCGUGCAGAAGUUGGGGUGCAGCCCCUCGCAUGGAAUCACACAGUUGCUAACUAUGCCUUAAACUAUGCAAACAAAAGAUAUGGGGAUUGCAAUUUGGAGCAUUCACAAGGUCCCUACGGCGAAAACCUAGCCGAGGGGUACGGGAGGUUGUCGUCGGUGGAUGCCGUGAAUAUGUGGGUUGGGGAGAAAUCUUGCUAUGAUUAUGGAUCGAAUUCUUGCGUCGGAGGUGAAUGCCUGCAUUACACUCAGGUUGUUUGGCGUGACUCGACUCAUCUUGGUUGUGCUAGAGUUCAGUGCCAUAAUGGUUGGUUGUUUGUCAUAUGUAGCUAUGAUCCUCCGGGAAAUUACAUUGGCAACCGUCCUUAUUAA